GGGAAAAAAAAAAAAAAAGCCCGGCGACGACUCAGGCCCGCCCCAUUAUCGAAAACACGCAUUAUCACUUAUUGACGCUUCAUAGCUAGUCGAAAUGUCGGGCUUUAACUGGAAACCCUUCGUUUACGGCGGACUGGCUUCCGUGACGGCGGAGUGCGGUACCUUCCCUAUCGACUUAGCCAAGACGCGGCUUCAGGUGCAGGGCCAGGUGGGCGACAGUAAGUACCGAGAAAUCCGCUACCGAGGCAUGCUGCACGCCAUCGUCAGGAUAGCACGGGAGGAGGGCGUUCGAACGCUGUAUUCCGGAAUCGCUCCCGCCGUGUUGCGCCAGGCAUCUUAUGGGACCAUCAAAAUUGGAACAUACCAGAGCUUCAAGAGACUGCUGGUUGACAGGCCUGAGGAUGAGACAUUGUUGACGAACGUCCUGUGUGGCGUUCUCUCUGGCGUUAUCUCCUCCUCCAUCGCCAACCCCACCGAUGUGCUUAAGAUCCGCAUGCAAGCCCAGGGAAGCGUGAUCCAGGGCGGUAUGAUGGGCAACUUUAUCAACAUAUAUCAGGAGGAAGGCACCCGGGGACUUUGGAAGGGCGUCUCUUUAACCGCUCAGCGAGCGGCCAUCGUGGUGGGAGUGGAGCUGCCGGUCUAUGACAUCACCAAGAAGCAUCUGAUCCUGUCGGGUCACAUGGGCGACACCGUCUACACGCAUUUCUUGUCUAGUUUUGUGUGUGGCCUCGCGGGGGCGCUGACCUCCAACCCUGUGGAUGUGGUCCGGACGCGUAUGAUGAACCAGAGAGGAGGCGCUUUGUACCAGGGAACCGUGGACUGUCUGCUGCAGACGUGGCGUUCGGAGGGCUUCAUGGCGCUCUACAAGGGCGUCUUCCCCAACUGGCUGCGCCUGGGACCCUGGAACAUCAUCUUCUUCCUCACGUAUGAGCAGCUCAAGAAGAUCGACGUCUGAGCGGCGGUACGGGAGCAUGCCCUAAAAGUUCAAGAGGAGCACAGGUUCCGAGUCGAGAGGGCCAAGACUGUCUCGGACUGUGGUUGGGUCAACAAGGUUUGAUGAACACCCGUGUGGGUGUGGCCUGGUGGGGGGGUGGGGAGGGGGUCUUGUGUGGACUACGUGUUUCCUCAAGCUUGCUGCGGCUUUUGCCAAAACGGCUCAAGACGGAUCCGCUUCUUUAUGCCCAACUUUUCCUUUUUCGAGUCGACUUGACAGAUCCACGCACCCCGCUCUGGGACCGCCACCCCGGCCUCCGUUCCCGUUCCAGGCUUUAAUGUCUGCGGAAUAACGUUGGCUCGUUUGCCAGGCCUCCGCUUCAAAGCGGCAGCUAAAAUUGAGUGCCUUAAAAAAAAAAAAGAAAAAAGUUUGCCAGUCGAGGAUGGGGAGCAGCUGACAAUCACUCCCCUUUGAGUUAGCGAGCUGCUGAGGGUGAGGGUGAGUCCACACACUUCAAAAAGGCUUUGGUGUGUGCAUUUUUUUUUUUUUUUUUUUAUAUAAAUAUUUCCAAAUUGGGGGAUUUUUAGGCGAGAAAACUUUGGUAUACCCUGAAUUAUUAUAAUAGGGUGGAUAUCUGUCAUGUUUACUGCUUGUUUGCACUAAAGCUGCGUGCAUCUAUUUAAUAUAUCGCCUGGCUUUACAGACUGAGAUGCUGCAUUUUGUAUUUUAAUGUCGUGAUGGCCGCUGCUGGAUGAAUAUUAAAAAAAAAAAAAAAAUGUUGGC